AUGCCAAACGCCGGUGAAGCGCCUCCCAUCCUAGACUUCUCAAAGUUCUACCAAAACGACCCAGCAUCCAAGAAACAGCUCGUAGACGAAGUGCGAAACUGCUGCCUCCACAAUGGCUUCUUCCAGAUCACGGGUCACAAUGUACCAAUCGAGCUGCAGAACAGGAUGAUGGAUUGGAAUAAGAAGUUCUUCGAUCUACCACUGGAAGAGAAGAAUAAGGUUAACAAAGUACCACCAAAUGAUGAUCUCUAG